CAAAGGCCAAACAUGGUUAAGGAAACUUGUAUGCUGCAAGCCAUAUAAAACGCUCUGCUGGCAAGGGCCAAGGGGGGGUAAGGAGAGUACAUUGGGAGAGAUCGACCGCGAGAGGCAAAGGCAGAGCCAGAGGCAGGCUCCUCGCGAGCCUGCAGCCGCCGGCCUCAACCACGGCGCGGCUGGGCGGUCGGCCCCGGCGGCCGGCCGAGCCGUGCGGCGGCAGCGGCAGCCGCGACGCGCGGCAGCCCGCGAGCCGGCGGCCGCAGCAGAUCGGGACGCGCGUCAUGGCGUGGUGGCGCGCGAGGGUGGUCGCGCCGGUGCGCCGUGCCUGGCUCGCCGUCGCCGCCGCCCGCGCGCGCGUCCGGAAGGGCGAGUGUGGCAUCCUGAACCUUCACCAGGACGUGCAGACCUGCGGGUACCAGGACGUGCAGGUGAUGUGGAACAUGCUGAGCUCGGAGAAGGAGCCCGCCGGCGCCGGCGCCGCCGGGACGAUGCCGAAGCCAAGGAAGCGGCCGUUCUGGAGGCUGCCGCUCUGGCCCGUCCGGCCGCCCCGCACGGCGGCGCAGCGAGACUGAUGCAGCCGUCGCCGGCUGCAGCUUCCGUCGUCAGAUAAUGUUACCGCUCGCUCUGGAAGUUCCGCAGCGUGGCCAGAGGCCUGGUCUUCCAUGAGCGAGAGAGUAGGACAACCAUGAUCAUCAUGGCACGUCGUCCUCCACCUCCCUCGCUUGAGGCCUACCAAGAUUGCGAGGUGCGCAGGUCUGGAAGGGUGUCGUCGUUGUGUAUAAAAGGCUUUGCCUGUUGUACAGUUUGGGGACAAAAGCGUUCGUGCAAGCUGUGACUUGUGCGCCGUCUGAUGAACAUGAUGAGGUUGAGGUUGCCAGUGCCAGGGCAUGGUCCGUUGCUUAUCAGCCUGAAUCGGUGGUCAUCUGUUUGUGCCCCAGUUCUUGCCGUGGAAUGUUGAAAUAAAGAAGAGUGCAUCUCUA